CAAUUUAUUUUACCUCGUUCUCACGGAUCGAGGUCAAGAAGUUGGGAUCUAAGCUGGAUAGUGUAUAUGUGUAGUAACAGAGACAGAUUUUCUUUGAGAGUUUCGUCUUUUUUACAGUAGUUGGAUCCCAAUGACGGAAUAUAAAUUGGUUGUUGUCGGUGCUGGUGGCGUUGGGAAGAGCGCCUUAACCAUUCAAUUAAUUCAGAACCAUUUUGUUGAAGAAUAUGAUCCCACAAUAGAGGAUUCCUACAGAAAACAGGUGGUGAUAGACGGAGAAACAUGUCUGUUAGACAUUCUAGACACAGCAGGUCAAGAGGAGUACAGUGCCAUGCGAGACCAGUACAUGAGGACAGGAGAGGGCUUUCUAUGUGUGUUUGCUGUUAACAGUACCAAGUCAUUUGAGGACAUCAACCAGUAUAGAGAACAGAUUAAGCGAGUUAAAGAUGCAGAUGAAGUUCCCAUGGUGUUGGUCGGUAACAAGGUCGACCUUCAGUCAAGGUCAGUGGAGGGUAAACAAGCCAAGCAGGUGGCAGACAGCUACAACAUCCCCUACGUAGAAACCUCAGCCAAGACAAGGCAGGGAGUGGACGAUGCUUUCUACACCCUCGUCAGAGAAAUCAGGAAAUUUAAAGAGAAGAAGGGAAACAUUAAGAAUAGGAAGAGGAAGCUAUGUCGAUUGUUUUGAGUUCUGUGAUUUCAACCUUCCAUUUCUUUGUCUGCAGUUUGUGAUGCAAUAUACAGCUCACUCCAAAAUCACUUCCAGCACUGGUCAGGAAAAUUCACUUCCAUUGUCAGCUUGUAGAAAAUCAAACAAAAUCACCCCAAUCCUCUACAUUUAUUGGUACAAGCUGUAACAAACUUAAAAUUUUAUAAACAGCAUAUUGAUUUGAUAAUAAAUUAUAUGUGGACAGUUAAUUUUAUUUUACCUAUAAGGCUAUUUUUUGUGAUACUUGCAUUUCACAGUGUAUUUCCUGUUUUUUUAAAGACUGAUUAGUGUAUUUGUAGUUAACUUCAUUUGUAGUGGCAUUGGUUUUUAGGAAUUUACAUAUGCCUCAUUAAUGCCAAGCAAAUGUUAUUUUGUUAAUUUAUAAAACUGCUUCUAUACAUAGCUCUGAUAUGAAUGUGAUUGGAUUUAUAAGCAGUGGCUAUGUUUUAUUCUCAUUUUAUUAUUUGGGUGUUUUUUCUUGACUUAUACAUGUAACUGCAUUUAAAAGUCAUGUAAAACAAUUUAUUUAUCAUUGUAUUGGAACAUUAUAGCAAUUUUUAUGUUCAUGACUGUGGUCUGAUUUUUUCUUGAUAAAUAGUGUACUCACUAUAAAAAAAUUCAAUGAAAAGGUUAUUUAAACUGUAAUAAUUUCAUUUAAUGUUGGUAACCGCAUAUGUAUUAAAUAUAAGUAUAAAUUGUGAAGAUUCAAUGUUUGAAUAAACAUGUUAUCUAAAUCUGUGUAAUAGAGAAUCCAAAGAAAGAAAGAAUUAUGUGAUAGUUAAUUUGGAUUAGGGAAUGAAUCCUGUGAUUAUUUACAUAAUUAGACCAUAUUUGUAAGAUUUGUGACUGUUUCUCCUAAUUGUUAACAUGAAUAUAAAAUGAUUUAGAUUCAAAAUUCCUCCGCUCACUCUUAUAAAAUUUUGCUUUAAAACUAAAAAUUUUU